CCGACAGACAGCAUUUUGCGAGUCAUUCACCACCUCACCUCACUUUUCGCCUGCCACCGACCACCACAACAACCGCCAUUGCCAUCGCAAUUGCCAUGCUCCGCCCGCGCGCCGCCAGGGCAGCAUUGUCUGCCCUGCCUCGCAGGCCGUGGACGUGCCCGACGUGCCUGUCCCGCCGCCGCCGCUACUCCCAGCAGAAGAAACCCGCCGCGCCCGCGCCCGCGACCGCCGAACCCCCGGACCACCGCAAGCUGGGCAUCCAGCAGGAGCUCUUCAUGACCUCGGUCUACAGCCCCGGGUCGCCCAUCUUCCUCCCCAACGGCGCGCGCAUCUUCAACCGCCUCGUCGACUUUUUGCGCAAGCAGUACGUCCGCUAUGGCUUCCAGGAGGUCAUCACGCCCACCAUCUACAAGAAGGCGCUGUGGGCAAAGUCUGGUCACCUCGACAACUACGCCGACGACAUGUACUCGGUCACGGGGAAUACGAAGAAGGCGGGCGCGUGCUGCGACGGCGAGCACGCACCCCAAGAGGAUGAUGCCGACGACGACGAGUACGGCCUCAAGCCGAUGAACUGCCCCGGCCACUGCCUCAUCUUCAAGUCCAAGCUGCACAGCUACCGAGACCUCCCCGUGCGAUACGCCGACUUCAGCCCCCUGCACCGAAACGAGAUUUCCGGCGCCUUGUCGGGCUUGACGCGGGUGCGCCGGUUCCACCAGGACGACGGCCACAUCUUUUGCCGGCCCAGCCAGGUGGAGGAGGAGAUCAAGAAGACGCUCGACUUUGUCCAGGUCGUGUACGGCGUACUGCGCCUCGGCGUCAGCUACAGACUAGCCUUGUCUACGCGGCCUAAGGACCAUUACAUCGGCACGGAGGAGGAGUGGAACCGCGCAGAGGACCGGCUGAAGCGGGCGCUCGACGCCUCGGGCAUGGACUGGAGCAUCAACGAGGGCGACGGCGCCUUCUACGGCCCCAAGAUCGACAUCGUGCUCAAGGACUCGGACGGCAAGGAGCACCAGACGGCCACGAUCCAGCUCGACUUCCAGCUGCCGAAGCGCUUCGAGCUCGAGUACCAGGCGCCGGCCCCCGAGUACGAGGCCCGCGGCGAGACCACCGAGGACCCGACCCUGCUGGCCGAGUACGGCCCCGUGCGCCCCGUCAUGAUCCACCGCGCCGUGCUCGGCUCUGUCGAGCGUCUGAUGGCUCUGCUCAUCGAGUCGUAUAAUGGCAAGUGGCCAUUUUGGCUCAACCCGCGGCAGGCCAUCAUCCUGACGGUCAACACAUCCGAGCCUGUCUUGGAAUGGGCCGACGAGGUUCGCGACGUCUUGGUGGGGGUCAAGAGCGACGGGACGCGCGACGACCUGGCAAAUCACACGGGCCUGGCCGUCGACGUUGAUGCGACGGCGCGGUCGCUGGGGUCCAAAAUCCGCGAUGCGAUGUCGGCCGGAUACGGUCGGGUCCUGGUCGUGGGCGACCAAGACGUCAAGAAUAGACAGGUCAGUCUCAACAAGGAAAGGAUGAGCCCAGAAGAGAUGCGCGACAGGCUGCGCGCCAUGGUGAAUUCAUUCCAAUAGCCUACAUAGACGCUGUGCAGCGUACACUACUCCUGUGGGGGGACUGAGCCUUUGUAUACCCACUUUACGAUCCCUUCCGACGCUGAUUGUACUGAACUCUAUAUAUAUCAUGGCCCGAGUUGAACUGGUCGCGGCGCUGGUCGCUCUUGGCCAGUGCCUCGUGCGGUGGGGGCCCCUGGCCCGGCGCAUUCGCUGGCGGUAGUGAACCGAAGGGUAGGCAGGCUCAUAACGUAGUAAUAAGUUAUUAAUUUCGUCCCACGUCUCCUGGCGUCAGGUGAUGCCGACGCGGGUGGGACGGAGACGGGACGGUGGGCUAGGCUGCUCAGCAGCAUGUCGUCGGAAUAUGGUUCCGCCCCGAUGGGCACGGCGGCGUCGCAACGGGUCUCUGCCGCGUAGGAGCGGGCAUGUCGCGCGGGCGUUAUUCGGCGCCAUACGAUUGUGCGCGCGUGUCGGCGUGUGUGCGUCGUGGGGAUGGGAAGGG